CGGCAAUCUCAACAACAAGUGCCAUGGCCGAGCCAGCGGCGAAGCGGGCUGAGCAGACGUCUCUCGCGUGGUACGACACGCCCGUCGUCGUGCUCGUCCUACAGUGUAUACCGGCGUUCGUGGACGCCGUUGCGUUGCUCGAGGCGCUGCCACCAAGUUCCCAAACCACGUCGGGCUCGGCGCUCGUCGCCCUGCACCGCCAACAUGGCCUCCCGGGUCACCACCUCUGGCCCGUACUAGAGCUCGACAAGAUUCCGCACGCGCUUAUGAACCUUGCAGUAUCCGCGCUGCCGAUGGUGCCCACUCUAUGCGUCUCAAGAGUGCAGGGCGACGACAUCGUUGGUUCGGUCCACGUGUCUUUGGUAACGGCCACGAUGGCAGGCUCGGACCUCGUCCGUUCGCACGUUCUUUCCGACCAGUGUUGCUCGCUGGCUACCUUUGUUGAGCGCUACGGCCAUGCGAUCGUGCGCAUCGCCUUGAACGUGCGCGGCGACGCGGCAACUGGAGCAGUGGCCUCGGCGCUUCAGCACUGCACCCGACCGCGUCAGCUGUCGCUCGAACUGUCGGUCGACGCCGUGUCAAGCAUAGCGCCGCUGCUUGCAUCUAUUGCAACGCAUGCGCUAGGCGCCUUGUCGCUUUGCAUCGAGCGCCCAAGUGAUGACGACGAUGACGACGACGAUGGCAUUCCUGCUGUGCUGUGUCCACCGAUGCUGCUGUCGUGGCUGGCGCUGCCGGUCGCAUCGUCUUUGCGACUUGUCAAUGUGACGUUUACCAAUCCCGGGUCUCUCCGCCAAGCGCUAUGCGGCCUGCACAACCUCGAGCUCGUGCGUGUCCACGACCUUCUGGUCGACGCGAGUGACGCGCCGCGCUUGUCGGCGCUACAGUCGCUCGUCGCCACAAACGUCCGGCUGCCCAGCGUACACGGGUUGCUUUGUCAGCUCAGUGCGAAGACGCUCACGCACCUCGAUCUCGACGGUCCUUUGGACUGGUCGCCGCUGCUCGCUGCGCUCAAGCACCUCGUUGCGCUUCACCUCCACGGCGGGACCAUGACCGCUCUUGGGCAAGUUGACGUUGCACGCGUACCGCAGCUGCAAACAGUGAAGCUCUCUCGAGUCCACGUGCCCGACAAGGACGCGCCUAUCCUCGUUGCGUGGCUCGAUACCGCAGAGGCGCUGCGGGAGCUGCACUGGACGCACAGCGCUCUCGCGAUGCACGGCCCGGUGGCCGUGGCCCAUGCACUGCCUCGCUGGUUGCGACUCGGCCUGCAGACGCUGACGCUCGCCAACAAUUUUAUCAGCGACGACGCGGCGCUUGUUCUGUCGAUGGCGAUUGCCAAGGGCGGCAACACCACCGACGUCGCUUUGGACUUGAGUGCCAACGUGUUCAAACUCCCGGGUCUCCGCGCGCUUCUUUUAGCGCUGAGUGCCAGCGUCAAGCUGUCGAUCCGACUCGACGGGCUCCAGCUCAUGCGUCGGCACCUCGAGGAGCUUGGUGCCUUCGCUGCCGCCCAUGGGGUGCAGUGCGACGCGGUGACGCAAGUGUAUACCCCGCCUCCUGCCGACAAGACACGAUGGCGGCUCUGAUCGAGUCCGUGUCAGUCGUCGAUCCACCGCUAGCGUACUAGUAGGUGCUUCCCAGUAGCAAGUGCCAACUGCAGUAUUGCCAUCGGCCACUGAUACAUAGCAAGGUAGAGCCAAGGGUCAAUAAGCGGUUUAAUGCCCCUUAACUAAUGGCCAGAAAGAAAUAAAGUGUUGACAGUUUGUUGUACAA